UCGCGAACGACCCGUUCUUUUGCAGGGUACAAAGGGUCCCUGCAGAGGCUGGGCCACCGUCGGACCAACUGGUUCAUGAAACCGAGCACGUACGCCUGCCCGAACCCGAACUGCCGCAGCGUGUUCGCUUGGAAGAGGAACCUGACCAGCCACCUGCGCUACCAGUGCGGCCAGAAGCCCCGAUUCAAGUGCCCUUAUUGCGAUUACAUGUGCAAGGUGAAGACGGACAUUAGGAAGCACAUCAGGGUGAAGCACAAGAACCACGACGUCUACGUGAUCGACGUGUUCCAGUCGUGGAAGGUCGUCCGAUGAUGAGCUUUCUUCCUAGCACGCGUCUUCAUCGUCGUCGUCGCUGGGCGGUUCAAAUACGGAAACGAUUUUCUUCGAGAUUUUCAGCUUCCUCGAGGCUCGGGCGGACCGAGUUUCGCCGAGGAGAGUUUGCUUGAUUCGACGAUCUCGAGCCGGUUUGCGAACCAUCUCUGCUCGAAACGCGAGCGAACGUCGGCCGAAUUCUCGGCGGCCUCGCGCGAUUCUGCACUGUUUAGGGAGGAUUUAGGGUGGUGAACGAACGAAGAUGAAGCCGAAGAUAUUUGCUUGAAAGUGAGACGUUGAUUUUGAUUUGUUCGGGAGGUUUUUGGGGUGAGGUUGUUUGAUAUGGAAAAUUGUGGAUCCAUGUGUAGGUUGUCUAGAGAAGAAUUGAAUUUUCUAUAAUUAUUCCUCGGCUUGGAGGGACAGAAGUGGACGAUUUGGGAAGAGGAGAUACGGUUAUUUCGGCUUCAUGGGUCAAAAGUAAAGAGUGCUUUGAAAAGUAGUAUCUUUCCUUCCAAAAAUGGCUAUUUUCGUUCACAAGCUGAAGGACGAUUGGGGAGAAUUUAUUGCUUCAAUUCAUUCGAUUGUUAAUUAUUUUAAU